AUGGAGGUCGACGGAGGAGUGCCGUUGGAUGACAAGGCAAAAAGAAUGAGGGAUCUGCUCUCCAGCUUCUAUUCUCCCGACCAAUCUUCUCCUUCUGCUAAUUCACCCCUCCGGCCGGCUACUCCUUCCAGAUUCGCCACGCUGGAUACCAUCAACACCACCUCCUUCGACGCCAAUCAGUACAUGAAUCUACUCGUACAAAAAUCGAAUCUGGAGGGACUGCUUCAGAAGCAUGUUGAAAUGGCUGCUGAAAUAAAAAAUCUCGAUACUGACCUUCAGAUGUUGGUGUAUGAGAAUUACAACAAAUUCAUCAGCGCAACAGAUACAAUAAAGAAGAUGAAAAAUAAUAUUGUCGGCAUGGAAACAAAUAUGGAACAGCUUCUGGAAAAGAUUACAUCUGUGCAAUCUAGGAGUGAUGGAGUCAACACAUCUCUUUUUGAGAAGAGAGAGCAUAUAGAGAAGUUACACCGCACACGCAAUCUUCUGCGGAAAGUUCAGUUUAUUUACGAUUUACCGACAAGACUUGAGAAGUGUAUCAAAUCAGCAGCCUAUGCCGAAGCAGUCAAAUUUUAUACUGGAGCCACACCUAUUUUCAAGGCAUAUGGUGAUUCUUCCUUCCAAGACUGUAAGCGGGCAUCAGAAGAAGCAGUGACCAUAAUUAUAAAAAACUUACAGGGGAAGGUUUUCUCCGAUUCUGAGUCAAUACAAGCGAGGGCUGAGGCUGUCAUGCUUCUUAAGCAGUUGGAUUUCCCGGUUGAAAAUCUGAAGGUUAAAUUGUUCGAAAAGUUGGAACAGUUCCUUGUGGACCUACAUCUUGAAUCUAAGGAAGCAAUUGCAUCCCCCAACCUGGAGAGCGAUCAAGAUUUGGCUUUUGCUUCUGCUUCUGCACAUGAGGCUUCUAUUCGUGAAUUUGCUGAAGCUGUUCGAGCUUAUAAAGUUAUAUUCUUGCAUUCAGAACCAGAGCUAUCAAAACUUGCACAGGACCUCGUUAAGAAGCACUUCGAAGCCGCAUCUCAACAAAUUAUGAAGAAGAUUAGCUCUGCUGAUCUUUUGGCGAUGCUUCGAGUUAUUUGGAAUGACGUGCUUCUCAUGGAUGAAGUGCUACCUGAAGCUUCCUUAACUGAUUUUGCUUUGCAGCAUGCUCGUGUUGCUGCUAAAGAUUAUAUUUCCAAUGCAUUCAACAAUCUUUUCAGUUGCAUUUCAGAUUACCUUACCAAAGUUCAACUAACACCAAAAGAAGGGAUAGAGGAAGAAUAUUCUCUGCAGAAAACAUUUGAAGCCAGCAAAAAGGCAAUGAUCCAAGGCACUACAGAUAUCUUACUGGACUUCCAAGGGCUACUUGAUGAAAACUCAGAAUUACUGCUGAAGUUGAGAGAUUUAACAAUUGAUUGGGUCCUAGAAGGGUUCCAAGAUUUUUUCCAGAAGCUUCAUGGUUAUUUCCUGUUGCUCUCUGGAAAGAGUAAUGCAUCAAGUCAAGAUAUGAAAUUGAUGGAGGAGAUGACAGGGGACAAAAUUGCUGCCGGUCUUGUUCUUGUGCUGGCUGAGUUCGCUCUUUUUAUUGAACGAAGUGCCAUCCCUAAAAUUACAGAGGAACUUGCCUCUUUUUCUGGUGGUGGUGGUGUACAUGGCCUCGGGAAGGGUCCAGCAUUUGUUCCUGCUGAAAUUUGCCGCAUCCUUCGGUCAUCUAGUGAAACUUUCUUGCACCUUUACAUUAAGAUGAGAACUCAGAAAAUAUCAGUUCUCCUGAAGAAAAGGUUUACAGCCCCAAACUGGGUCAAGCACAAAGAACCCAGAGAAGUGCAUAUGUUUGUGGAUUUACUUCUUUUGGAGUUUGAAGAAAUCACAAGCGAAGUAAAGCAAAUUUUGCCGCAAGGGCCAAACAAUAAACACCGUCGAACAAACAGCAACGGGAGCACUGCAUCCUCGCGCAGUAAUACUUUGCGGGAUGAUAAGUUGGGUAGGUCAACCACUCAGAAGGCCCGGAGCCAGCUUCUAGAAAGCCACCUUGCCAAGCUGUUUAAGCAGAAGAUGGAGAUAUUCACCAAAGUCGAGCACACACAGGAAUCAGUCGUGACAACUAUCGUGAAACUCUCACUGAAGAGUUUACAAGAGUUUGUGCGUCUCCAAACAUUUAACCGGAGCGGAUUCCAGCAAAUCCAAUUGGAUAUCCACUUUUUGAAGACUGCUCUGAAGGAUAUUGCAGAGGAUGAAGCCGCUGUUGAUUUCUUGCUUGACGAGGUUAUAGUGAGUAGCGCAGAGCGUUGUUUGGAUCCGAGUCCUCUGGAGCCUCCAGUUUUGGACAGACUCGUGCAAGCAAAGCUGGCCAAGGGUUCUGAGCAAAGCCCCACUUCAUGA